AUGGUGGCGGUUGUCAUGAGACUUCGGGAAGCAGAAGCGGAGGACAUUGUGUUCUGCUCGGCUGACUUCCCGCAUGACUCGCCGACACCACCACCUACCAAGGAACUGCGUGAUUUGGUGAACCACUGCAGAGCCAAAAAGCUGCCACUUAUCAUAGGAUGCGACGCAAAUGCGCAGAACCUGGUGUGGGGCAGUGAAAGAUGUAAUGACAGGGGCACUGCUCUCCUGGAAUUUAUGGCCGCCAUGGACCUGGAGAUCCUAAACAGGGGCUCGAGGUCUACGUUUGUCACCUCGCGCUGUCAAUGUAUCAUUGACAUAACCAUGUGCACCCGCCGGCUGGCGGGGCGAGGCAUGGACUGGAGAGUGGACCAGGAGGACACACUCUCCGACCAUCGACGCAUUAGAUUUAGCAUUGAGGGCUGUGCCAAGCUACAGCAGGAUCGCCUGUGCAGAAACCCAAGGGCCACCGACUGGGACUCCUUUGAGAGGAACCUGGAGGAAAGGCUCAGGGUAGGACGCGUAAGGCCCUGCAGUGAAGACAGGUUGGAGGACGAGGUGGAGAAAAUCCACGUCGCCCUGACCGAGUCUUUUCAGAUGGCAUGCCCGGCUAAACGAGGCAGGCAAGGGAACAAAGUGCCUUGGUGGAGUCGAGAGCUGCACGGGCUGAGAAGCCGGUCCGGGAGACUCUGGAACCGAGCGUGCAAAUCCAAGAGAGCCGAGGACUGGACUCUGUACAGAAAUGCGCAGAGGGAGUACAAGAGGCUCAUAAUAAUCAAAGGAGCUCACCUGGAGAACAUACUGUGA